UUCUGCCUACAUCAUAGAGGUGGGGUAGGAAGGCUCCCACCAUCUGUGAUGGGCAGGAACACACGGAAUGCUAGUGAGAUCCCUUCCCAUUGAGCACCCUGCCCCCACCCCACUGUGGGUAGAAUGUAGGGUGAUAGCUGCAGUGUGUAAUGUCCCUUGGCUUUGCAGCCCUACAGGAAUUUACUCUGAAAAGGAGGUAGUUGGUGGACAGGGAGAGGUCACUGAGAGGCCCUGAACUCUUAUCCCUUCCAUUCCCUCUAGGAAGGUGAAGCAGAAACUACCCGCUUCAUUUAAAACAAUUAAUAUGAAAGAAAAUAUAUAUCUGGUGACAGAAACUCUGGAGACAGAGGAGGAGGAAACCCUACAAAGAGAAAUGGGCUAUAAAAUUUUGAGCUCAUUUUUUAUGGACAGUAACUAUGAGGCUAGUACCCUGGGAGAUGGGGUGUGGACCAGCCAGCCUUGUACCAUCCACAGAAGCCCCCCCUCCCCAAGGGUGCCUGCCAAGACUAGGCCCUUCUUAGCUCCUCCUCCCUCAGGCCUCUCGGAGCAGUGCUGGCUGGUCUCUGUGCCUUGUGGAGGAAGAGCGUGCGGCCUUGAAGGAGUCACAGGCUGAUAUCUUUUCAUUUCCUUUCUUCUUUUAUUUUUAUUUUUUGGUCUUUUGAGACAAGGUUUCUCCACAUAGCUCUGGCUAUCCUGAACUGCGAGUACUGCGUGCACCAGCACAGUCAGUCUGGACAGUCUCUACCACGUGGUUAUUCUGUCCCGUGUCUGUCUCCUGUCUAGCAGGCAGGAGGAGCUAGAGUCCCUGGAACAAAGCUUGUCUUCAGUAUGUUAAAUGAACAGUGGAAACAGCAUGGGUUUGGGGUCAGACACGGGUUCGAAUUUCAGCUCUGCCAUUGGUUUCAGCUGUAGGACUGGCUCAGAUACUUGUCUUAGAGUCUUAGUUCAUUUGUAGACUUAGAAUAAAACUGUCUACCUUAUAGGAGUGUUUGUGAGAUCAGGCAGGAUAGCAGUGUAAUAUCCAUCAACACAAACUUUUUCUCCCUAGAGGCAACGCAGAAUCAUCAUCCCUGCCAAUAUGAUCCUGGCCUAUCGAAUGAAGCAGCUCAUCUUCGAAAAUGGGUCAAUAUUUCUUGACUUCUGGAAUGAAGGAAGAAGAAGGUCUUUUCAAGGAGAAACGCCUCUAGGAAGACAGGGAACUACUGGAACUUUGAAGGAACACAUAGAGAACACAGGGCGAAGCCUGCAGGAACUGGACGAGAAGCAGAAGAAUGUGCUAUGCUCUGCCACUACAUGCGCCAUCAAGGAAGGGGGGCUGGAGGACCUGGAACAGAAAGUAACGGACCCAAGGAAGAACUGGGGUGGACACAGACGACUGUGGAGAGCAGAUGGCAGGAUGGGAAUCAACUGGACAGAACCAUACUUAGCUUCCCCCUCUCCCACCCCCAGGUUUCUGCUGUCUUGUUCUCUGAUGCUUCCCGAGUACUGGGAUUAAAGGCCUGUGCCACCAUCGCUGAGCCAUGAGUACAAUUCUUAA